AGCUGUGUGAUCGUGCGUCGGGCUCGCGGUGACAGUGUUUCAGAGGAAGUGGAACCGGACCGAAAUGACCGACGUGUCGCUGUGUUGACACCGCCGUCUCACACGGAAAGCAGCCUUUUACCGUCGGAGCCAUGGAGAUGAGCCGAGGCAACACCACCAUACCUGCAUGUAUCCCAUCAGCCCCCUCAGCGUGACCUGACAUAAGCUGUGGUGGUGGGUACCGGAGGUCCAACCAUGGCGCCUGUCCCCCCUGGGAUCCGCCUCUUGGUGUCCUUCGACAGGGACCAGUGGUACAGAGCUCUCACCUUCAUCCUCACCUUCCUGCUCUACACCAGUUUUCACCUGUCCAGGAAACCCAUCAGCAUCGUCAAGAGUGAGCUCCAUAAGAACUGUUCGUCUGUGGGUGAGGUGUCCACAGCGUCCAGCGGUCAGCAGCCCUCCAUCCCCUCUCUGCACUCAGACAUGGACUGCAGCUGGAAGCCUUUUGAUAAAAGUAACUACAAACAGCUGCUGGGAGCCAUGGACUACUCCUUCCUGUGUGCGUAUGCAGUGGGGAUGUACCUCAGUGGUAUCAUCGGCGAGCGUCUGCCCAUCCGUCUGUACCUGACAGUGGGCAUGUUGACCAGUGGCCUGUUCACGUGUCUAUUUGGACUCGGAUACGUCUACAACGUCCACAGUCUGGGUUUCUACGUGUUCGUACAGGUGGCAAAUGGUUUGGUCCAAACCACCGGCUGGCCCAGUGUAGUGACCUGCAUUGGAAACUGGUUCGGAAAAGGAAGGCGUGGACUCAUCAUGGGCCUGUGGAACUCCCACACCUCAGUUGGGAACAUUCUGGGUUCGCUGAUCGCCGGGUACUGGGUCUCCUCCAACUGGGGCCUGUCCUUUAUCGUACCUGGCCUCAUCAUCGCUGCCAUGGGCGUGGUCUGCUUCCUCUUCCUCAUUGAGCAUCCAAAUGACCUGAAAAGCAUGUACGCACAAAAUUCAUCUCCAGGAAAAUCUGUGGCGUCAAAGAGCUGGAGUGGAGUGAACGGACACGCAGAGAUGUAUCUGCAGUAUAAGGACGAUAAAAGCCAGGUCUAUUACUAUUAUGAGGACGGUGUCUUGAACAGGAAGAGUUACGACACCGAGCUGCUGUUACCGCGGGACAGCGUUCGCGUCCCGGUGCAGCCGGUUGUGGUGGUUAAGAGCGAAUCGGAGCCGUCGGCCAUCAGCUUCAUGGGCGCCCUGCGGAUACCGGGGGUCAUCGAGUUCUCUCUGUGUUUGCUGUUUGCUAAACUUGUCAGCUACACCUUCUUGUUCUGGCUGCCACUCUACAUCACAAAAGCAGCUCACCUUGACGCCAAGAAGGCUGGAGAUCUGUCGACACUGUUUGACGUGGGAGGGAUCGUAGGAGGGAUCUUAGCAGGAGUGGUCUCAGAUAAACUGGGGAAGAGAGCCACCACCUGUGCAGUCAUGUUACUGCUUGCUGCUCCGACAUUGUACGGCUUCUCCAUGAUCAGCCAGUUUGGUUUGGGACCAACUAUUGGGAUGUUGUUGGUGUGUGGAGGACUUGUCAACGGGCCUUACGCUCUCAUCACCACCGCCGUGUCGGCGGAUUUGGGGACCCAUAAGAGCCUGAAGGGCAACGCCAGGGCCUUAUCUACAGUCACCGCCAUCAUCGACGGGACAGGAUCUGUGGGGGCAGCACUAGGCCCCCUGCUGGCCGGACUGUUGUCUGCAGGAGGAUGGGACCAGGUCUUCUAUAUGCUCAUGACCGCCGACUUCUUCGCUCUGCUGCUGCUGCUUCGGCUGGUGAUGAAGGAACUGACAUCCAAUAAGUCACGGCCCAUCUCAGCUGUAGAGCUGAAGGAGCACUGAGCACUUUGAUGGCACUGCCUUCACACACACUUUAAACCACUGUCUGAGGUCUCCACGGGACUGUGGACCCACCAGAACUGGACCAGAACCGGACCCAUAUGGAACCGUAGUGAAACAUGUUGACACACCAACACACGUGUGUGUGUGUGUGUAUGACUGCAGUGUCGACCGUCAAACCCACCACACACACAUGUUCCUCAGAGAUAAAGCUGAUCGGACUUCAUCUGAACUCAGAAACACUCACCGUCGUUACAGCCUCAUGGUUUUUCUUGGUCUUCUGACCCGUUUCUGACAUUACACAAGUUCAGAAUACAACCUGAAGGUCAAAGGCUUUAGAACACCUUCAUUUUGUCUAAAGGAGAGACCAAGUCUUAUAUCCUUGCAAAAACAAACAGUGAGGAAAAAAAGACCAAUUUUUGUCAAACCCUGACAUUUUCAGUGUGUAGCUGCAGCUCGUAGGACUUUGACAACAGUAACACAACAAAAGAAUAACAGUCCUGACAAAUUCACCAUCAUUUCAACAAACCAAACUAGUAUGGGCCUACAGUCAAAGGGUUAGAACGCUGUCGUCUUUGCUUACUGCUUGUUUCUUACCAUUAUGAGACAGUAUACCAAUACCAUCAGUGCAACAGAAUCCAAAUAAAGACCCAGAGUUUAUAGUAACUUUCUGUUUUAACAGUUUAUAUGACUCAGAGCAGGAGCAUCAUCCUAAAGUAUGAGAUUCCAGUAUGAUAGCGUCUCCUAAAUAAGACCACUGUAUUUUAUUUGUCAGAUAAUCUGCAUUUUACCCUCAACAUAACAACAAAAAAUGUAACUAUAUCACGACUUGAAGCUGUUAAGGUAUUAUCAGUGAGUCAUUUUCCAUGAUGAUAUAAAUCCAAUAACUGUUUAAAUUAGAUAAUUGUAAUAAUCAGAUGUGAUGCGUUUACUGUCACAGUUUAUACUGUUUACAUGAUCAAUAAUUAGACACUGAUCAGAGCAUUAGUGUGGAUGUAAACAGGGUCAUUGUAAUCAGUGUACAUCUGUAGACUUACGUCUGAAAAUACAUUAAUGUAAACAUAUAAAUGGUGGGACCUAAGACAGUGCCCUGAGGGAUUCCAUUCUCAAUUUAAUGAAACAUAGAUUUCUGAUCAAUAAUCUGAUAACUUCACUAAUCAGAUACUGAUCAGAGUAUUAAUGUGGAUAGAAACAGGGUUUUUUUUACUUCUAAAAUGCAUUGGUUUAAGUCCAGUAAAUGACCUGAAAUGGAAACAUUUUUAGACUUGGCUUCCAAUAUUAGAAAAAUAAUCAAACUUUACUGUUUCUGCAGCAUAGUAAAUGGUUCCUUCACACAUCCUGACUUUUUAUUCUUUUAAUUUUUUUAACAUGGUAUUUUUUUGUGAAGUUAGUGUUAGAGCGGACAUUUGGACUGGACUGGAGGGGAUACCGUACCUCCAUCAUAACGGUGAGAAACGUUAUCGGUGUUAAAUAGAAAAGAGAAAAUGAAGGUGUUUGUUAAACCUUUGACCAAAACGGGCGACUGUUCCUCCUGUUCAGAGAUCUGUUCACAAUGUGCAGUUGACGUGAUAAAUAACAUUAAUCUGAAGGUUUUUUGAGAUUCAGGACAACAAGUCAACCAGAGCAAGAGUACAGUAGCAAUAUGUAAUAUGGAGUAAAAGAAAAAUCUGGUAUGGGGUGAGAUCACAGGGUUAAAUGUCCAUAUUUUAAAGGUUAAAAGUAAAAUCCAAACAGAUAAAAACAUGAUCAGAUGGACCUGGAGUCAAAUAGUCAGAAAAACUAUAAGCAUAAAAACAGACAGGGUAAAGUGAUUAUACAAAUACUCACAUCCUGUCUCAUAAUAAUAUUAAUAAUAGAAUAGAUCUUUAUUGUCCUUGUUACAGGAAAAAUAAAAAUCUGUUUGACACCAAACACUUAAAGUGCAAGAAGGCUGUAUAAAAAUAUCGCACAAAAUACUGAGAAAUAUUGGCAAUAUAUAAAAACUACAGUGAUAACAUUUUAAAUAUUCAAAUACUAUUAAAAUACUACUAAUUACUGCUAAAAUACACAAAAAGCUACUACAGCUAACACAUAUGUACAACAUAUAAAGAUAUUUACAGGUGAUAAAAGGAAAUAUAAGGUGCAUGGGUGUGAUUAUUGCACUGAGGUGAUGACUAUUGCAUUUAAAUAAAUAAUAAUAAUGAAUAUUUACGGAGGUGAAGGUGACUUCCACUAAAUUUGUGACCUCAGAUACAGACAACAGCGGGUUUUUCCAUUGCGUCCAUUAAAUUGUGAUGGAUGUUUUAUCUGAACAGGAGGAGGGUCUAUAGUCACAAACAUCAGACACAUGUGAACCUGCCCUUUAAGGACAAACCAACAGUCCAUUCACCAUGGAGACCAUUCCACAUCAGCCUUCUGGAUCUGACUGCAUACAUGGACAAAGACUCAUCCUUUGAAAGGCACCAAACCUCCUUAAUAUUUGGAUUUCGUGCUUUUGCCUUUCUUCCACUGAGCCUGUGUCGGUUUUGUUUUGUUUUUUUUACACAUGAACAAACAAAACUCGAAGCAUUUCCAGCCUUAAUCAUCAACAGAACCUUUGUCUCCUGGUUCUAUGGACUCUGGAGAUCCCUUUGUUUCCGUUAAUGAUCCAUUAUUUAAUUAUGUGUCAUAUGUUUGCACAGUUUCGAAGCAGCUGAACUGAGUUCCACCACUAGAAAUAUUAAAUGGGCAAUUUGUAAAAUUAAAACUCAAAAAUUAACGCCAGUCUUCAACAGAAGGGCACAGUGUUUUAGCACAAACACAUGAUUGUUGUUGCAUUGUAACUCAGCUCAUUUUUAGCUAUUUUUCCAAUUCUUUUCUGCACAUAGUUGAUAACAUAUAAAUAUUCACUAUAUGGGCAAAAGUAUUGGGACACAUUGAAUUCAGGGGUGUAUUUUCUAACAGCGGUCUGGGAU